GUUUUAGGUGAUGAGCUAUACACAUUUUUGCGCGAUAACAAUUUAAUCAGUGGUGGAAGUCAGCUUCUCUCUGUUCCAGACUUGCCUAAAAAGAUGCAUGUUGAUGGACAAUGUUUUGAGUAUUCUUAUGGGGACUAUGUUGCUGGGGAUGUCGAUGUACUGGAAGGAGAGUUUAUUGAUGCAGGUGUGCACACUAGUCUUUGGGAUGGACUCAGUAAAAUGUGUGCAAAAUAUGAAACUAGCUUUAUUACAAUAAGUGGCAGUACUUGUGCCCUUAUCAGUUAUAAUGGACGUUACGCUGUUGUAGACUCUCAUGCACGCAACACUGGCGGCAUGGUAGAUGCACAUGGAAAGAGUGUUGUCCUUUUCUUCAAUACUCUUGAUGAUCUGUUUUUGUACAUUAGAAGGUUUUCUGGUGAACUCCAUUACUCUCCCAAAUUAUUUGAAAUCAGCGGAGUUCAUAUCGUUAAGAUGGACUCAAGUAAACUUGUAUCUGAACAUGCAGCUGCUGUACCAGGGAGCAGUGGUGUUGUUGAUCACACCUUUACUAGUGUUGAGAUGAAGGACGAUUCUUGCGGAGGACAUUCAUCCCAACUUCACAUGUUAGAUACGGAUGAUGUUGAUGAUGAUGUUGUUGUUACUGAUUUCCAAAGUAAGGUUUUGUAUUUUAACCCUGUCUCUGACGAGAUUGCACGAUCACUUUGUGGAAAGUUGAAUGUAGAGUUUCAACGGGCAAAUUCUAAAUCUUGCGUGUUUGGGGAAUUAGGUGCGCCAUGUAUGACAGAAAAAAUUGUUGGGGAUGGAAACUGCUUUUUCAGAGCACUUAGUCAAGCCAUCAGUGGCACCCAGAAAUAUCAUCGCAAAAUUAGGCUUGCUGUUGUAAAUCAGUUGCAAAGGAAUUCUCACAUGUAUGAUAGUAUUUUAAGAAGUGAGUAUUCCUCCAUAUCACAAUAUAUUGCCAUUUCAAGGAUGCAAUAUGUUGGCAGUUGGGCAACUGAAGUAGAGAUUAAAGCUGCAGCUGAUUAUUUUGGUGUUAAUAUUUUCACAUUUUGCAAUGAUAAAUGGCUUGAAUAUGGUUCUUUCAGUAGUUUGUCCAAUCAUGGUCUCUAUUUGCAAAAUAUUGGCGGAAAUCAUUAUGAGACGGUUACUUGUGUAAAGCAGCCUCAGUCACAAACAUGUCAUGGUUAUUGCAUGAAUACAGAUGUUUCUGGUGAUUUUAAAACUCGGCAAGCUACAACAGAACAAAAAGUUACACGUAUAAAGACAGUGAAAACUGACCACUCCAUUAAAGAAAAGUGCGUCGAUUUUUCAAAAGAUAACCAAAAUACCUUAGUAUUUACGCCCAUCUGUGAUGUUACUGCUAAAACUCUGUGUAAAAAUUUAAAAAUAGACUUUGAAGAACAUAAUUUUCAAAAAGUAACAUUGCGUGGGCCUUUGGGAAAUGUGUGCAAGACUAAAAGUAUUAUAAAUGACAGUAAUAGUUUUUUCAGAGCUGUAGCGUAUUCACUUAGUGGUUCUGAGAAAAAUCACCGUAAAAUUAGACUCGCUGUUAUUUCACACAUGACAAAUAAUGCAGAAGAAUGCGAAAGAUUUUUGGCAAAAGAUUGUUCUGUGACAGAAUAUAUUAACCAGUCACAGAUGAAGUAUGUGGGUCACUGUGCUACAGAAAUUGAGUUUAAAUCUGCGGCCAAUAUGUUAGGACUGGAUAUAUAUGUAUUUAAUGGCACACAGUGGACCAAAUAUAAUUCAAAAAGUAGUCAUUUGACUAAUCAAGCUCUAUAUUUGCAGAACUCUGAUGAGCAUUUUGAUGUCGUUAUUUGUGCAAAGCAAGGUCAUAAAGCCUCUUGCUUUGAACUUUGUGAAGAACAUCUUUCGUUAAAGACACAACACAGGCAUACGAGGUCUUCACAAGUCGAGAAAAAUGCAAAGCAAACUCUUUUGAGCGGUAAAGCCAAUUACAGUUCUUCUAUGUAUCUAAGACAAAAAAAGAAUCAAAUAAAUACCGUAAAAUAUAGAACGAAACUGGCAUAUAGGCAAAAAAUAAAAUUUAAUAAAAGAAAUACAUAUGCAAAAAAUUUGCUAUACAAGGAACAAAAGAAAAAAUGGAUUAUAAAUAAGUAUUGUGAAGAUAAGACUUACCAAAAACGGCUUCAGAAAAAGAGCAUUACUAAGUAUAAAAAGACAACUGGCAUCGUGAAAAAAUUAAGCAAAUGAGCAUUGCUAAAUAUAAUACGGAUAUUUUUCAUCGCGAAAAAUUAA